AUUGCAGAGAGAUAGCCAGAGCGUUUAUUUCUGUCGCUGACGGCGGUCAUGUGAGCGCAGCAUAGUGAACAACUAUUGGUUUUUUUCGACCUGAAUAGUGCGAAAGUAUCUACGUAAAAUAAAGAUGAUCAUGUCGAAAGAUCAGUGGUGAAAAUAAUAUUUUAGUGAAAAAUGUUCUGUGCGGCUGGCAAACCAUACGCCAAUACAUGCGAAUGUAGGCAAUUGUCUUUGUAGUGUUGAUAACGCAUUUAAACGUUAUUGGUGGUAUCCUAGUGCGAAGGCUCAACAUAUUUUUGCUCAUUUGAGAAUAUAUUUUCGAGAAAUUUAGGCAAACGUGGUAACCAACGAAACUAUUACGAUCCCUAACAAAUACUAUCCUUACUCGGGAUCGAUGGAGAAUAAGCGAUGCGAUGAGAAAAAUGAGCCAUUAAGAUCAGAACAUUUAGCAGAAGUACCAUCAUCAUCUCUUCAGUCAUUUGUUUCAUCACGAACACGAAGUCAUCCCGUAAUAUGCGAUGUGAUUCGCCUUGAGGUUAUUCGCGAGCGUAGCAGUGUCUACAGUGAGGAUGGCGAGUUCAUUGACUUGCCACUGCCGCCUGUUCCACCAUUGUCAACUAUUUUGAAAGAUGAAGUUGCGGUUGAUGAAGAGGAAAAUCAUAUAAAGGGCAGCGAAAAAUCUUAUGAAUUAGAUGCACAUAUCAAAUCUCCAGUGAAUAAUUUUGUGGGGCACAGCGAGGCGAGAUGCGACGUAGAUGUCAUUGAUAUAUCUAUAUCACCAUACGAUUGCAAUCAUAAUACCGCUAGUGAUUUGACACCAAACAACAAAAUGCAUUUGCGUGUAAUGGAAGAAGAUGCAAAGUCAAUCGACAGUAGUACGGCAUCAAACACAUUGCGGAAAAGUUCGUGGAGUGUGACUUCGAUUGGUUCCACUGGAGCUGAAUACUCUAAUGACGAUUGCAAAUCUGGCUGCCAGUCCGACAGUGUGGACAGCGAUGAGGGUGAUCGACCAGAGGACGAUUACUGUGAACAUUCAUCUGGAUAUCGUGAUAAAUCGCCAUUUCUACGAUCAAUAUCGCUAUCACCAGUAGAACGUCGUUUUCGUAAAUUGUCCUCAUCUCGGGAGCGUCGACGUCAUGCACAUGAAGCUGAAGGGAAGCUAUUGGGAACCUGUGAUGAUUGGAGAUCUCAACGGUCUAAGCCGUACAGAAAGCAUGAAGCAGAAGACUCGACUUGCUGUGAUGAUGACUUUACUUGGGUAUACGCUCACAACCACCAUGAAGCGCCAAAGGCUUCCGUUGAAUCUGACCGACGAUCCGUUUCACAAACAACAGCAACUCGAUCGGUUCCACGUGACCAACAACGUAGUCGAGAAAUGUCAAUACAAAAAACUGAUCAAUGUCAAUCCACAGCUAACACAAUUGGUAUCGGGGAAGCAGUUCCUUGUGGCAAGCCACCCAGACCUUCACGGGAAACUGGUAGCCUAGAUCGACGGCGGAACUUACGCUCAAGUCGUCACGAGCGAGAUGGAAAAAGCCACAGUACACAUUCACUAAAAGAAAAUUCAUCUUCGUCCGAAUUUCAUAAACACGAUUCUAUGUCCAGCAAUCUCAGUUUAAAUUCUAAAGAUCAUCUGCAAGACUCGGGAAGCUUUCACAAUUACAACAUUAGUGGUAGCGGAAAUACACAUCAACGUCAUGGCUAUCCACCUCAUCCUCAAAAUGCAUGUACAAGUCCUAGUAUGUGGGAACCACCACCACCGCCGCCAUUGUCUCCUUGGGAUCCUCAAUACUACUGGAAUAAUCCGCAUUGUCGCCACCAAAGCAAAGAAGAGUUGAGAUUAAUCGACUAUCAUCGCCGACAGCAAGAAUUGUACCAAUAUGGAAACAGAAGUGGGCAAAGUAGUAUGCAGGAUUUAUCUUGCGCUAGUGGCUGCUGUAAUCGAAACUAUUAUCAUCACCCACCUCUGCCGGUUUGUUGCCCAUUGGAUCAUCGCACGCAAUGGAUCAACGAUGUUCAGCGCCAUGACACUGAUGAACGGCUACGACGUUUACAAAAGGACAAAGAAUCACUAGCUUUGCAAGUUAAAACACUUACGGAGCAUAUGCAGACACAAUCUACAAAAAUAAGUGAAUUGGAAAACAUGAUAAAAGAGAAAAAUCAGCUGCUAUCCAACGCAGAAGAUCUCCUGCAGCGAGUAAGCGUAUUUGCAAAAACAGUUGGCAUCCAGAUUGACAAACAAAAAGAAAUGCUUUCGAGAUCUUCGCUUGAAACACAAAAAUUAGAGCUCAUGUCAGCGAUGAGUGAGCUCAAACUUCAACAAGCAGCCCUAGAAAGAGAAAAUUUGGAACUUCGUACAACUUUUGUAACUAAUAGCGUGGCAUCUAGCGGAUUAUUCAAUGGAAAUCUUGCAAAUGGAUCAGGGAGUGGAUCAGCGAUAACAAAUGUGCUUAAUAACAACAGCAUUACGUCUAGUUUGCUCAGAAGACCUCAGAUUAUUACGAAUACUAGAAUGGUAGGCAUGUCCGCCUCUACUCCAGGAGCUUCAAUGAUCUCGUCUCCAAUACAUCAUGGCAGCCAUGGGAGUUUACAACAAGCAGCAAUUAGUCCUAUUACUCCGAAGACCCCACCGGCAUCUUAUCGACAACGUAUCGAUGUUCACUACAGUAGUCUUCCAAGACAAGCCUUUGCUACUACAUUAUCAACGGUUAGCACCUCCAGCGGCUCCUCAACAGCAACAGAUAGUAACGCCAACCCUAAACGAAACGUAGCUUUUGGUAAUGUUCGUUCUAUCAACAAACGAUUGCAACUACCUAAGCUUACAACGUCCAGCUCAAUGAAUGCUCUUCUGCUAGCCACAGCAUUGCAACGCACAGAAUCUAAUCUGAGACAUAUGAAAUCGGUAUCAGCACAAGAGUUAAUGUUCGAUGCUGCAUCCAAUGACCACAAUGAUGCAUCUCGAAUAAAAGAUGAAAUGAGUUGUUUAGAAAAUGAGAACCGUUGUCACGAACGAGCGAAUACUGAACCUCCAUCGGCAGCAUUAUUAGAUGACGAAGCAGGAGCAUCAUGCGUUCAAAACACGAAUGAAAAUACGGCGACAGAAACCGUGAAAAACUGUGAGAUGGAAUUAACAUCCGAUUUCGAUGCACUUCUAAACUUAGAGAAAACGUGUGAAAUUGCCCCGUUUGAUUCAAAGAACAAUACAGGACAAAUACCCAACGAAAUCGAUAGACUACGUGGAUUUUCAGUACCAAAUUUAGCUGAUGCAGAAAAUCGCGAUAAUGGGGUCUUAGAACACGGUGAAGGUGGUGUGCAGCCCACUCGCAGCUUCACCCCUCAACCUUCGCCAUCGCCGUCUAUGAGCCACAAAUUAAAGAACAUUUUUGGUAAGAUCAAAAGAAGCAACAGUGGAACCUUGGACGAUAUUACAACUCCGGAAGGUGAAUUUAAACGUGGAGGAGUUCGUGCAACCGCAGGGGCUCGUCUGGGUUGGAGUGGAACGACUCCAUAUCGAAAACCUGAUAAACCGUUCCGCGAAUGGGAUGUAGAUACAAUCUGCCAUUGGUUCGAGCAUCUGGGUUUAAAUAUGUAUGAGGAAGAUUUACGAAAGUGGAUCAAAUCGAGCACGACGCCUGGAAGCGAAUUGAUGAAAGCCUCGCCAGUAGAUAUUGAAAAAGAGUUAAGUUUGCGAAAUCCAUUGCAUCGAAAAAAGAUAGUGUUAGCUAUUGCAGAUAUUUCGGGGACGGUGGGAGACGACGGGUUGUUUGAGAACGCUGGAAAGCUGGAUUCAACAUGGGUCCAGCGUUGGUUAGACGAUAUUGGUUUGCCCCAAUACAAAGAACCCUUCAUGGCGGCCCGAAUGGAUGGACGAAUGCUACACAAAUUGACGAUGGACGAUUUGGGCCAUUUGCAAAUAUCUUCUUGUUUGCACGUGGCCAGCAUUCGUCGUGGUAUACAGCUUAUGCGUAAUGAAAAAUGGAAUCCCGAUUGUCAUAUUCGUCGGCCAUUGCAACUCGGAUUAAAUGCAAAAGACGAUGUAAGGUUAUGGACUUCGCAAAGAGUCCAUGAAUGGUUACGAGCCGUCGAUUUGGCAGAAUAUGCCCCUAAUUUGCGUGGAUCUGGAGUACAUGGAGCUCUCAUGAUAUUCGAAGUUAAAUUUACAGCCGAACUUUUUGCUGAUUUAUUGAACAUUCCUUCAAGCAAAACAUUGUUACGUCGACAUUUGGCUACUCAUUUUAAGGAGCUUUUGGGUCGAGAUAUCAUACAGGUGAAACGAGAGGCUGAAAAUACCCUUGGAUUCCAACCACUGACAAUUACGGCAAAAAUUAAGACGCCUAAAAAGUCUCAAUUUUCCUUAAAACGGAAAAAGAGCAACAAAGGUGGCAAUCUGGGAGGAGAUGAAUGGAGUGAUUAUGUCUGCCCAAUGGGUGGUUCAGGUCAGGAACAUUUACCGCCUGCAUCUUCUUCAGCUUAUGAUCAAACUAGCACAAAUCAAGGCAGCAAUACUCCAAUUUCUGCUCUUUCUGCCUUUACGUCAAAUGCUUCUUCUCCUAAUACUAAUAUUGUCACUAGCAUCGCCAUGACGAAGGAUCCCUCAACGGCACCAAUUGCUUAUCCAGACAGCACAACCAGCAGCAUCUCCAGCACAACUACUUCCGGAGUCGGGUUGGAGCUUGCUUCAGUUCAACGUCAACCGUCGAGUAGCGCACAGUUAGUAACAACGUCGAUAGUCAAUAAUAACGGUGUCGAAUGUAGAGGAGAAGGAGGUGGUAGCGAUUCUCCACUAUCAAUACGCAGUUCAACUGCUUCAACCUCCUAGCAGAGGAUAUUUUCCUGUUCCAUCUCUUCGACCGCCUCUUCUCCUAUACUCAGCAAUUUAAUAAUGAACUACAAUCGUUCGGUGACGGCAGAUAACGACAAUAAUUCGGUAUGCACAAAAUUAACCGACAAUGUCAUUGCAUCCUUUUCUCCAGUUAAGGAUGUUUAUCCGAUAAGUUCGGUCAACCAAUCCAAUUAUUCUUCAACAUCGUCGCUGGUAUCAAACAAUUCUACAACAAAACAAAAAUCAUCUACGGUAACAAUAAUCGGAAGGAAAUUAGAUGCAGUUACACUGUUGUCGGAUGCAUCCCACAAGCAAGUGACAGAUGCUCCUAUAGAAAACAUUGCAUGUAAUAUUCCUGUGCAGCGAUCGGCAUCGUUUAACUCCGCAUGCACGGUGCCAUUGAGCAUAAGUAAAACAAUACAGGUGAAAAACUCGGCUUCGUUUAGCAAUUGCUCCAUUCUUGCAAAAGUGGCAAAAAAAAGCUCUGUCUUGGCAACUUUGACCACGAAUCCGGUACUUAAAAUUACUUCCAACUCGGUGACGAAUAUUCUAAAGCAGCAAAUGACAAACGUAUCCUCUGGUUCUGCAAAUAGCAUGACCAAUACGUACAAGAGCAAUAUCACUGAAACUCUUGCAAAUGCUGGCAAUAAUAACCGAAUACAACCUAUGGCAAAUAAAUCGGCUAGUGGUGGUAGCCUUUCCUCAUCUACUGGUCAGCUUCCUUCGUCUUCUUUGACUUCUCUUUCAUCAGGCGCGUCUUCUGUUAUGAAUGGCCCAGCAGGUGGUCAUCCAUUAUCACUUAAUCAAUCCAUUAGUACGACAGCUCUUUCGCUGGCACAAUUAAAAAAUAAUAGUACUUGUGAUUAUUACGUAUGAAUAAGUCAACGGAAUAUCCGGAAUAUACAUAUGCUUGAAUGAAAACAUAGUCAACAGCAACAGCAAAUGUAUGUCGCAAUAAUACAUAAGUCAGUGUGAUUCUAUCAGUAUGCAACAUAAACAAAUUUAAAUGAAACAACCCUCUACAUUCGAGCUAUGGUUAAUUUUUUGAUAGAAUGUUAUAAAAUUGAUUCAAUGACUAGUGAUAAUCGCAAAUGAAUAACAUUUCAAGUAGCAAGUUGCAGAAACACACAAAGCGGCAUUGUCACAAUGUAUAAUCAACGACAUUUGUAGUAUGACGAAUUUAAAGAACGUUAUUUUCACUUAUUAGACUGGUACCACUGUGCUGUAUGCCGGUAAUUGAAACCAUUAUGGACCAAAUUUAUUGUGGACAGUCGUGAAAUAGAUCGACAAAAAUAUUUUGGAAAUGUAGAGUAAACAAUAAAACAUCGAAGCCGCAAAGUUAGUAACGGUCGUUUCUUGAACGCUCCAAUUCUGCAUGAUACAUAUUAUAACACAGGGUAAAAUGAAGAGGUUUCUGGUUUACACUAUAAUAUUAAAUUUAUAUAACAGCAUACCAUUUGGAGCGAUAAAAAUUGUGGCAUGUAACAUUUUACGAAAAUAUUCCAAGCAGUGGUUUAUCAAAACACGACCAGAAUAUAAUUGAAAUAAAAUAUGUUACACGCUAAUGAAAGCCAAAGACAAUAAUCAGCUCUUGCAAUCGACACAUUGCAUAUAUAUAGGACAUAUCUUCAAGGGUCUGUAUUGUCUACUAAUGCGUUAUAUCAAUGGUAAUGGUUCAACCGUUACAACAUGACCAAUUUCAAUUUUUAUACUAUUUAUUGAUACAAAUCUUUCAAUAUCGCUGGGUAGACCUAACAGCUAACACUAUAUUCUGAAAGUCAAGAACGUUUGAUCGUCGAAAUUUAUUUUGCGUAAACAUUUUUUUUUACAAUAUUCUGUUCAAUAUAUCCAAGUAUCCCAAUAUUUGGAGCAAAGCAUUGGAGCAAAGCAAACAACCAAAUGAUAACGUUGUUACCAUUUUUGAAUUCAUAUCCUUAUACAAAGCAAAUCACAAUCAUAAUCGUUUAUCUAGAAAAUAAAGAGUAACGUACCAUGUGACGGUAGACGCUGUUGGUCAUACAGAAGCUUCUUUUGGUACGAAGCAUAUUAUACUUUCGUUUUUAUAUCAUAGUUUUUUGCAAACACAUAGCAAAGCAGGAGUAUAACUAACCUUUGAAUACAUGGAAAAAUACCAUUCAUUGAAAAUAAUAUAGAAACAUGUUUAUAUUCGACUAUUAGGAAAUUGGCAUGUUAAUGUUAAUUAACGUAAAUCUUAGAACGUUCUUUACUGCAACAAAACGUAUACAUUAAAAUAUAUUCAUAAUAGAACCAAGGACAUUACUAACAACUGACGAAACCUGUCUAUAGAAUUAUCAAGGAAUAUUUGCAAAUUAUGAACAAAUUCAAACAAUUAGUUGAAUGGUACCGGUGAGAUAUAGAAUGAUUCUAAAAUAAUCCCGUUGCACAUGGACACGAAAUGCCAAGUCACUUUAGAACGAUAGUAAACAAAAUAAGUAAACAGCAUAAAAUAGUCGAACCAGAACCUGUAAAUUCUGGAGUUAUGAUUCGAUUCCCAUCGAGACCUUAACCUCGUACAAAAGACUCCUGUUAAAGACCUGCGUAAGACCAGACCUGUAUGAGUCAUUUGAGCCAAGGUGCAGAAACAUAAAAUAAUAAACAUCAAGAAACAUAAAAUAAAUAGGUGUUCGUCCUUAGGAAAGGUAGGAAAGCAGAAACAUGAACCACCUAAAUCAGUUAAAAAAUUGAUCAGUAACGUGAAAAACGAUUUAUAAGCGCCUAGCAAAUUCAAUCAUUCAACCAAGUAGCAAAUUGGCUUUGAUGAUAUGAAUGCUCAUGCAAAAAUGACAUGAAAUGUUAAUAAAAUGAAAUAUUGGAUAAUUUUUUUGUGGAAA